AAACGUUUUCCACACAAUUAAAGACCUUGUCAAACACAAUGUUCAUCUACUUCCCACUCUUCCUAAUUAUCUUUUUCAUAACUAGUCACUUAUACAACAAAGUACAAAACUUCCCCCCAACCCUUUUUCCCACCCUUCCUAUAAUUGGUCACCUCUAUAUCCUGAAAAAUACAAACCACUUUCAUCGAACCCUCACGCAAAUAUCAAAGUGGCUUGGUCCAGUAUUUCACCUUUGGUUCGGCACCCAUCCAGUGCUUGUCAUCUCCUCCCCAUCUACAGCCGAAGAAUGCCUAAAGCAAAAGGACACCAUCUUCGCAAAUCGGCCUCUUGGCCUCACUAGCGGAAAAACUAUCUACUACAACUAUACUACCCUUGUCACAUCCCCCUACAAUGAUCAUUGGCGAAAGCUCCGUCGAAUAUCUACACUUGAAAUUCUAGGUGCUAAUCGUCUAAGUGCACUCUCCUAUAUGCGAACCGACGAGGUUCGGUUGCUUGUUCUUCGACUCCUACGCCUUUGGGAUCAAGAUGACAACACUCCUACAUUGAACAUGAGAUCAUUAUUCAUGGAGGUAACCCUAAACACCAUGAUGAGAAUGAUUGUUGGAAAGCGUUACUACGAAGAUUGCAUUGUCUCGGAAGAGGCUGAGAUGUUCCAAGAAAUGAUCACACAGACGCCCAAAUUAUCCUCAUAUACGCUCAUAAGUGAUUUCAUUCCGAUGUUGAGGAUAUUUGGGUACGAAAAAAAGAUUAGAAAAAAUAUGAUUGAAUUGCAGAAUAAUAGAGAUAAGUUCAUGCAGAAUCUUAUAGAGCAACAAAAGAAAGCAACGAAAAAUGAUGAUAAUUCUCUGUCUCAAGAGAAAAAGAUGAAGACCAUGAUUGAAGUGUUACUAACUUUACAAGAGUCUGAACCUGAGUACUACAAAGAUGAGAUUAUCAAAGGGCUUAUGCUGGAUUUAAUAAUUGCAGGAUCGGACACUUCAGCUGGAACUAUGGAAAUUGCAUUAUCUUUUUUGUUGAAUCACCCGGAAGUUAUGAAGAAGGCACAUAGUGAACUAGUCAAUUGUGUGGGAGAAGAUCGUCUUGUGAACGAGUCUGAUUUGGCUAAGCUUCCUUAUCUUCAUUCUAUCAUCAAAGAAACAUUACGAUUGCUCCCACCUGGGCCAUUGAUCGCACGUGCAUCAUCCAAAGAAACCACCAUUGGUGGAUAUAGGGUGCCAAUUGGUUGCAUGGUACUUAUCAACACAUGGGCUAUUCAACGAGACCCAAACACUUGGGUUGAGCCAAAUAAGUUCAUGCCUGAGAGAUUUUUGAAAAAUGAAGGACUUGCCCCUAGGGAAUUAGGGUUUACAUUCCUAGCAUUUGGGAAUGGAAGAAGGACUUGCCCUGGCGAGAACUUAGCUUGGCGUAUGGUUGGUCUAACUUUGGCUACCAUUAUUCAAUGUUUCGAAUGGGAAAGGGUGAGUGAGAAGAUGGUGGAUAUGAGUGAACAUUUGAGAGGACUCACCUUGUCUAUGACUAAUCCACUCUUAGCUAAGUGUCAACCCCGUUCCACUAUGAUGAAAGUUCUUUCUCAAAUUCGAAAUUAAGUAAUAAUAAGUGAAUAGUGCAUGUGUUAGCUUGUCAAUAUAUGCAUGCCCUACUCAGCCAAAAUUAUGAAUAAGUUGUAUUGCAUGUAAUAGUAUAUGAAUAAGUUGACACUUGAUGUUGUUUUAUUUUCUUGAACUAUAGUGAUUAUUACAAUAAAUUAUGUGAUACAUUCACCAAUUUCUUA